AGUCCCCUCUUAGCUGGCUGUUCAAUGAACUGAGCAAACCAAGCUCCUCUGGUCUCUCAGGAGCUGCCACGGCCCCUUGCCAUGGAUGAGGGCAACUGGACAUCCAUCUCUGAGUUUGUACUCCUGGGUCUGUCCAAAGAGCAGGACCUGCUGAUCAUCGUGGUGCUCCUGGUCACAUAUCUGGUGAGCCUGGCCGGCAACUCCCUGCUGCUGGGGCUGGUGGUGACUGACCCCCAGCUCUGCAGCCCCAUGUAUUUUCUCCUCGGCCACCUGGCUGUGGUGGACAUGAGCUUCACUUCCAUCUCCCUGCCUCAGGCCCUGGUGCACGCUCUGACCCAGCACCGGGCCAUCUCCUUCACCAGCUGCAUGGCCCAGCUCUUCAUGUUCUUCUCUGUGGGCAACAUGGAGAACUACCUGCUGGCUGCCAUGGCCUACGACCGCUACGUGGCCGUCUGCGACCCGCUGCGCUACGCCGCCGUGGUGACACGGUCCCUGUGCCUCAAGAUGGUGGCUGCUUCAUGGGCCGUGGUGAUUCCACACGCCCUGCUGUACACUGUCAUGGCCGCCAAGCUGAGCUACUGCGGCAACCGCCUGCAGCAUUUCUUCUGUGACCUGCCGCCCCUCCUGCUCCUCUCCUGCACCCGGCCCCUCACCAUUGAACUGGUGCUCUCCACUGAGGGUGUCUUGGUGGCACUAGGCCCUUUUGCCUUCAUCCUGGCCUCCUAUGUCCGCAUUGGGGUUGCUGUGGCCCGCCUGCGCUCUGCCCAAGGCCUGCGCAAGGCCCUCUCCACCUGCGGCUCCCACCUGACCAUGGUAUUGCUCACGUUCAGCAUCAUAAUCUGGCUCUAUUUCCGCCCAGACUCCAGUGACACUGAGGGGCACGACCAGCAAGUGUCCUUCUUGGACACUGCGUUGGUGCCCACCCUGAACCCCAUCGUCUACAGUCUUAGAAACAGGGAUGUGGCCGCAGCCCUGAGAAGGGCAGGGAGGAAGGUUCUGGCUUGGGGCAUGUGA